UCACGUCGUUGAAUAGGAAAUAUAUAAAUUGCAGGUUCUAAUAUUGAACAAACGAUAGCAUGCCCUUUUAAUUGGUUUAAUACAAAUAUAUCGCCAUCGCCACAUUAAAAAAAUAUUAUUAUCUUUGGUGUUUUUGUAUUUUUCCUCUCACGACCAUGGGAGUAUAUGACCUUAUUUGGUGUUCCCUAAAUAGAGAACACUACCCAGACUUCAGCUGCACUUCACAGCCAGUUACUAGUAGACAUAGUGAAUUAACUUCCUGAUGUAGGUUCGUGUAAUUUUGCGAAUUCUUAUAUAAUUAGUACGUGCAUUCAUUGCAGCAUUGUUUUGGUGUCGUUUUAUUGGACACUACAUUUGUGAAAGUGUGUUGGAGCAGCAUGUCUGUGGAGGAUGUUGCAGCACCUCCUCCACCUCCACCUCCACCUCCACCUCCAUCACUGGCUCGCUCAGUGUCCAGCAAAAAGAAACUUUACCAGGCUUUAUCAGAGGGAAGGGCCCCUGUAGAAGGGGACUAUGAAGAGGCCAGAAUUAUUCUAGGACAGAGAGAAAACAGUUUUAGGAAGGAUCUGCAGUGGUUGCUGUUCAAUAAGUAUGUGCCUUCACUUAUUCAAGAUGGUCCACAAUGUGGUCUUGUGGCCUUAUGGAUGGCGACUCAUCUUCUGCAGCCUCCUAAGACAGUGGUGCUGGAGACUCUGGUCCAGAUGGCAAAAGACAACGGCUACACUGAACAAGGAGAAAUGUUUUCUGCUAGUGACAUGGCCAAGCUGGCAGAGGAAGUGUGUGGGUGCAGAGUUCAGAGGUUAUCAGGAGGCAUGAUGGGAGAAAAUACUGCUGUCAUUCUUAAACACCUCGCUGCCGGGCAACCUGUUCUUAUACCAUAUGAUGAGGAUUUUAAUCAUGAGCCCUGUUUACGCAAUGGUCACAAAGCCCACUGGGCAGUCGUCUCAGGUGUGUUAUUAGGCUUAAGACAGGGGUGUGUGGACAGCAGACACUUCCCCCCUGACCUCACACUUCCCUGGCUGCAUCUCUCUCAGAACGAGGCUUCUGUCUCAUGGCCGACCGAUGACAUUAAAGAGGUGUUUGUUCUGGCUAAGCAGGGGAAGAGUCUACGCUACCAGCUGUGGAAGUUUGAGCUGAUAACACAGAGCAACAGUCAACUCAAGGAGAUGGACCCUCAGAGAGCCAGCGAUGGGAUGAGGUACGUGCUUCCUCCUGGCGGCGUACAGGACGGUCUAGCGGGACAAGUGCUUCUGCUCCACACUAACACACAGAAGAGCUGAUCAAGAACACCAAAGACUCCUAUUCAGGCCGUAUGAGCUCUUUCAGGAGCUGGUUGCACACCUGUAUUUUCAGUUCUUGUCCACUAGGUGUCCUUAUAGUUUGAGUGUUUUUAAAGGUGCAAUGCAAAACAUAAAUUACUUUCUGUAUGCAGAAUAGGGUAAUUAUAUUAAUUAAUAGGAUAUUAGGAUUUUAGAAUGAAGAAUGGUUACAGAGACAGAUUCGUAUUUGUAGUUUGGUUUGAAGUACAUUUCACAAGCAAGUGGUUUUAAAGAAUAAACUGGUAGAUUUUUGACA